AAUCCCUUAAAAAUCUUACGUCUUUUAUUAACUAUACUUACCUAUAUAAAGAAUCAAACAUGCUACUUUUAAUCGAGGAGUAAACCUUUAUCAAUAUACCUGUAUCAUCAGAGUUAGUUAGAAAUUAGAAAAAGUCUAAUAAAUGCCAACCAGAACCAGGUAUUAACCCCGAACUUUUAUAGUUUAUAAGAUUUUAUACGACUAGCUUAAGUACUAUCAGGAAGUUUACUAAAUGCUUAAUAAUUAUCGAGACCUGUUCAGACCUGACCUCUUAAUAUCUAUUUAAAAAUAAACAUGCAUAUAAAAAUAUUCCAUUUAAAAGCCAGCUGCACUUCCAUUACUUCUAACAUCGAAGGCGCCUUCCAUAUUUCCAUCAGGAUGUCUUACUAACAAUCCAGCUUGACCAGUGUGUUCGCUAUAAUCUGGCAACAUAACGAUAUCAUGACCUUCUCUUUCAAAUAAUUUAUAGUCUCAGCAUUAAACCUUCCUUCUAAUUUCAAGGUGGUCUCUGGAGGACCAGAUAUCCUUCCAUAAAGCCACCUUGGUUCAGUCACUGCCUGCUGAGCAUCUUUGCCCUGCACCACGUAUCUAUGGAAAAUUGCACACUGUGUUUGAGGCUGCCCGUCUCCACCUCUUGUUCCAUAAACCAAAACUCGUCCAUCGCGCAAACGAGCUGCUGCUGGAUUCAACGUAUGGUAAGGCUUCUUCCCAGGUUCUAUACACAACGCGUGAUCCUUCUCCAAAUUAAACGCUACACCUCUAUUGUGCCACAAAAUACCUGUUCUAGGAAGCACCAUAUUACUUCCGAAUUGAAAAUAAAUGCUCUGAAUAAAAGAAACUGAAAAACCUUUAUUGUCCAUUAUUCCCAUCCAAAUAGUAUCCCCAGGUCCUUUACUUGGAUGAGCGCCAGAAAAUUUAUCCAAAUUUACAUCUUUUGCCAUUUUAAAUAAGUUUUGACUUGAUAAUAAUAAGUUGGGAUCAGUCGUCAUAUGCUCUUUUAUAUAGUUGUCUCGCAUUUUAAAACUUUGUAACGUAGCUUCUACUGCAGCAUGAACAAAUUGGCCUUCAUGUUGACCAUCAAUACCCAACUUGUCUAAGAUUCCGAGAAUAGUUAGCGAAACUAAACCUUGGGGCAGAGGAAUGUUGAAUAUCUCGCCGUGGCUGUGUAAUAAUCGUAAAGGAACUUUCCUAACUGGAGCGUAGUUUGUAAGAUCUGAUUUCGUGAUAGGCAUGCCUAACGACUCCAUGUCCUCGGCAAUCAAUUUCGCCAAUUCGCCUUUAUAGAAACUGUUGAGACCGUUUUCAACUAAAUGCUGCAGGGUCCUAGCGAGUUGCUUCUGGCAAAAUGUUUCUCCCACUUUUGGAAUUUUUCCAUUAGGAAUAAAAACUCUUCCGAAGUCAGUAGGGACAUUUCCUUCGGCUUGAAUGUUUUUCAAGCUCUCGUAAUGGGAUUUUGUUACAGGGAACCCGUCUUGUGCAUACUUAAUAGCAUCAGCAAGUAACUUGGAUAACGACAUCCGUUGAUAUCCACAUUCAGAUACGUACUGAAGUGCUUCUUCCCAAGCACCCACAGUACCUGCUACUGUGUUGGCAGCUUUUGGUCCUCUAAAUGGAAUAUUUUUGUAAUCUUUAAAGAAAUCGGGUGUAGCUAAUGAACCGGCUGGUCCGCGUCCUUCUAUUACUACAGGAUCCCCGGUAGGUGGUACGAUGAGCCAAAAUGAAUCGCCUCCUAUGCUGUUCAUGUGAGGAUAGACCACAGCUACUGUUGCAGCAGCAGACACCAUUGCUUCAAUAGCAGUUCCUCCUUCUCUCAGUAUGGCCAGUGCACUCUGGGUGGCCAAGUGGUGUGGUGUCACCACCAUACAGUUCGGUGCUAUGUUGCUUUGCAUUUUGAUUUUCUUCCGACUUAAUCUUCUAGGAUGUUUUCGCCAAAGGAAGUUUUCUGAAAUUCAUUUAAUUGCAGAUAGGUAUUUCCAUAAAAUCCUUUCAUUAAAAUGAAAACAUGUCAAUCUUGAAUGAAGAAACUUGCUAAUGUAAGAUAACACCAAGUGAAAUAUUUUAUAUUACUUAAGUAUACAAGAUAAUAUUAUUCUUAUCAGUUACGUCAACUAUGGUGACGGCCACUGUUCAGUUCAAUAGGAUUCUUCACAACAAAAUGACAACUCGUCGGGGGGCUGGUUAUUUAAAGCGGGCGGACACAGAUCGUCUACAUGAGAUAUUCUUGAAGUUCGCCACCGUUGACAGGAACGGUGAAAGGUUCAUCACCAGUGAAGAUUUUGUACGCAAGUUUUUAGGAUUAUUCGAAGAAGAUGACUACAAUGCGGAAUCAGUCAAGCUCAUCGCGGGCAUCGUGGACAUGGACAAAGAUGGGUACAUCUCAUUCUCGGAGUUCCAGGCGUUUGAGGGCCUGCUCUGCGUACCCGAUGCGCUGUACAAGACCGCCUUCCAACUGUUCGAUACUAAUGGCAAUGGACUCGUCGCUUUUGACGAGUUUGCAGAAGUCAUGCGCAAAACGGCCCUCCAUCAGAAACUCCCAUUUAACAUGGAGAGCACAUUCGUCCGUUUGUACUUCGGCAAGGACAAGAAGAGGUUGGUAACAUACCCUGAGUUCAGCCAGUUUCUUCACGACUUCCACGAGGAAUAUGGAGUUGAAGCCUUCAAGAAAUGUGACAAAGAUGGUACAGGCUUCAUCAGCGCUGGGGACUUUAGAGACAUUAUGCUGUCUGUUAAGAAACAUCUCCUAACUAAGGAGUUGAAUUCUAAAGUUAUUAAUGCUUCGGGCUUCCCACACGGUGAACGCAAAAUCAGUUUUCCCUACUACAUGGCCUUUAAUUCUCUUCUAAACAACAUGGAGCUGAUCAAAAGGGUCUACCUUAAUGCAACCAACGGCACUCGAACGCAGGAAGUCACGAAAGAAGAGUUCUUACAUUCAGCUCAGAUGAUGUCCCAGAUCACGCCCUUAGAAGUCGACAUAUUGUUCACUUUAUGUGACAUGAUACAUCAUACAAAUGGUCGAAUCGUAUACAAUGAUCUCAACUCCAUCACACCAGAGCAGUACUUCAAACAAGUCACACGGCGCGUAGCAGAAAUCAAAGCUGUCUCCGUCAACGACUUCGUUCGCGACAAAUUCACAGACAAGAAGGGAAAUAUUUCGUUAUACGCAGAGAUCCUGGCCGGUGGUUGUAUUGUGAAGAUUCGUCUACAAGUAGCUGGAGAGAUCGCGGGAGGGACCAAAGUAAGGGCAUGGUCUGUUGUGAAGGACCUCGGCCUGUUCGGCCUCUACAAGGGGGCGAAGGCCUGUCUACUCAGAGACGUGCCUUUCAGCGCUAUCUACUUCCCUGCUUAUGCUCAUGUUAAGGCUAAAUUCGCGGACGAGAACGGUUACAACCACCCCCUGACGUUGCUAGCGGCCGGUGCCAUCGCGGGCAUCCCGGCCGCCUCGCUCGUCACGCCGGCUGACGUCAUCAAGACUCGUUUGCAGGUGGUUGCUCGAUCGGGACAAACAACGUACAACGGCGUCAUAGACGCGGCGCGCAAGAUAUACGCGGAGGAGGGCGCGCGCGCAUUCUGGAAGGGAGCCGUCGCCAGGGUGUUCCGCUCCUCGCCGCAACGCCCAGCCGGUUCAGAGUUACACGUGGCGACACCUAUCGAGGAGUCUGUGAAGAAACCACAUCACAUCGGCGGCUACCAGGUGGCGCUGCCAGUACUAACGGGGCUCGAGACCAAGUUUGGUAUCUCCUUGCCUCGCUGGUCGGCACCUAAACCUGCGCCCGCGCCGCAGUAGUGGUAUAGUAAGGAUCGACGAACGUAGAUAUUUAUAUUCAGAAAGUUAACACACUAUCGCGUUGUUUUGGAUAAAUAUUAUCAGAAGUUGAUUAUAUUCACGUUUAAAAUAAUAUUAUGGUCAGUAUCAAUAAUCUGUCUUUCGGUAGCUCAAAUUACAAAGGGAUUUCGACAUAUUUUGUAUGGAACUUUAUCUUUGAUAGCCCAAUCUACUGAGGGAUAAGUUAUUAAAACUGACGGCUUGAAACAAGAUAACAUCUUGUUUCUUUCACGGUAUAAUCAAAUCAAUGUGAAAGCGAGAUAGUUAUAUUUUUUUAUUGUAAUUACUUUUCUUGGCGAAUGAUAUAACUACUGGUAGUUUUGUCCAAAAACGCAUUGUGUAUAAAAAUGUAUGUAGCAUACUAUACGGAUGUAAGACAUUACAAAGUGAGAUUAAGGAUUAUUAAACAAGUAACAUUAUACAUUUUAUACCACACGUUACUCAAGAGAUUUAUUACAAUCUAAAGUAUUUAUAAACAUCUAGCUUUGUUUACAAUACAAUAAAAAUAUAGUACAAUAUUGUAUUGACACACCUCUGCUUAUCCCUUCAGACAGAGCCGAAUUAUCCCUAACCCAAACUAGGCCAGUG